ACAAUCUAUAUUAUUUUGUUAAGUGUACAUUUUAAGUAAUGCUAAAAAUUGCUUUUAUAUAUUACUGAUAAAUAAGUUGUGAUGCUUUGCUUCAUAAUUAUAUACAAUUAUAUUAUAUAUAGGUUAUAAAAAAUUAUAAGGUUAAGUUACUUAUUGAUGCAUUUUACAAUUAAAUGAUUUUUGUGAUAAUUUAUAUAUAGAAAUGUAAUCGUGUUAAUUUAAAAAAACAAUUGAAUCUUUUGGUGUAAUUGAAAAAAGAUAGAAUAGCGCGAAAAAAGGCAGCGUUUCGUCUCGAAACCAUUAAAUAGAUUUAUCAAUGAUAGAAGUAUAAAUGAUUUUUUUUUUUAAUGAAUUUAUAUUUAUUGUGAAAAAAAGAUAGAAAAUGUAGAAAAUAUAAGACAAAAAAAUUAACAAAAAGGCUAGUGAUAAAUAUGUAAAUAUAAUUUUGAUAUUUUUAUUGUAAACAUGGGAUAAAAUUUAAUUUCUAAAAUUUAUAAACUUGUGAGAAAAUUAAAGACAUCUAUCGGUGGCGGGCUAAACUAUUGGUGGAGUUAUACGUUUGUGGACGUGACAAAUUGUGUUAAAAUAUAUUAGGUUGUAAACGUUGCGACUGAUUAAUACGAUAUAUUAAAUUUUUUAAAAAUGAGUCGCAGAAGAGUUCAUGAAGAAGAAGAUGGAUAUGAACGAGCGUAUAAAAAACGUAGGAGAGUAUCAGAGAAUCAAGAAAUUGAAGACCGACUUGAAUCUCUUAUUCUGAGAGUGGGAGAAAAAUCUACAUCUUCUUUAGAAAGUAACUUAGAAGGUUUAGCUUCAGUGUUAGAAGCUGAUCUUGGACUCUUUCGUAGCAAAAUUCUUAGAAUUCUAACAGAAUGUGCAAUUAGAAUGCCAGAAAAAUGUACAAUUUAUACCACACUUGUUGGAUUACUGAAUGCAAAGAAUUUUAAUUUUGGUGGUGAAUUUGUUGAUUAUAUGGUGAAAAAUUUUAAUGCAUUGAAAGCUUGUAAAUGGGAUGUAGCUAGAUAUUCAUUAAGAUUUUUAGCUGAUUUAGUAAAUUGCCAUGUCUUAUCUUGUGGAUCUUUAAUGCAACUCUUUGAUAAUAUGUUAGAUGCUGCUAAUGAAGAUGGUGUUCCUCAAGUAAGACGUGAUUGGUAUGUCUAUGCUGUAUUAUCAACAUUACCUUGGGUAGGAAGAGAAUUAUAUGAAAAAAAAGAACAAGAAUUAGAUCAUUUAAUGGUGACAAUAGAGAUAUUUUUAAACAAAAAUAAAAAACAUCAGCCAGCCUUAAGAGUUUGGUCAAGUGAUACACCUCAUCCUCAAGAAGAAUAUUUAGAUUGUUUAUGGGCUCAAGUGAGAAAACUUAGACAGGACAAUUGGGCAGAGAAACAUAUUCCUAGACCAUAUCUUGCAUUUGAUUCAAUUUUGUGUGAAGCAUUACAGCAUAAUUUACCUACAAUAAUGCCACCACCACAUCAUGAAUCUUAUUCUUAUCCAUUACCUACAGUAGUGUUUCGCAUGUUUGAUUAUACAGAUUGUCCAGCUGAAGGACCAUUAUUACCUGGAAGUCAUGCUAUAGAACGUUUUCUUAUAGAAGAACAUUUAAGACAAAUUAUUAAUAACUAUUUUUUUGAAAGAAAAGAUUGUGCAGCUCAAUUAUUGAAUUUUCCAUAUAAAGCAAAAAUACCAUUAGAUUAUUGCAUUGUUGAAGUAAUAUUUGGUGAACUAUUUAGAUUACCAGCACCAAAGCAUUUAGAAAUAUGUUAUGGAUCAAUUUUGAUUGAACUUUGUAAAUUACAACCAUCAACAAUGCCACAGGUUCUGGCUCAAGCGACAGAAAUUCUAUUCCGUCGUAUAGAUAGUAUGGCUGCAACUGCUUUCGAUCGUUUUGUAUGGUGGUUUGCAUAUCAUCUAAGCAAUUUUCAGUUUCGUUGGUCUUGGGAAGAUUGGGAUUCUUGUUUACAACGUGAUCCAGAACAUCCACGACCGAAAUUUAUUCGAGAAGUAUUAUUAAAAGCUUUACGAUUAUCAUAUUACCAAAGAAUACGGGAUAUGAUGCCUGAAUCAUAUGCUGAACUAAUACCUGCACCUCCAGAACCUAUUUAUAAAUAUACUUCUGAAGGUGCCAGUUCACUUCCAGGUACAGCAGCAGCUCAUGAAUUAGUUGUUUCAAUUAGACGUAAAUGUACACCAGAAGAAGUACUUAAUGUGUUAAAUACAUUACCAGGUCCUAGAGAAAAUGAAGAGACAAAUAACUUCAAUCCUUUAAAGAUCGAUGUUUUUGUACAGACAUUAUUGAAUUUAGGUUCAAAAAGUUUUAGCCAUAGUUUCGCUGCGAUAGGAAAAUUUCAUUAUGUUUUUCAAGUUCUUGCAGAAACUGAAGAAGCUCAAAUAUGUAUUUUGAGAAAUAUGUAUGCAUUAUGGAAGAAUCAUUAUCAAAUGAUGGUGGUUUUAACUGAUAAAUUUUUGAAAACUGGAAUAAUUGAAUGCAGUGCCAUUGCCAAUUGGAUAUUUUCUAAAGAGAUGGUGUCAGAAUUUACUAAAUUAUAUAUUUGGGAAAUUCUUCACUUAACAAUUCGAAAAAAGAAUAAACAUGUAACAAAAUUAAGUACAGAAUUAGCGGAAGCUCGUGAGAAGUUAAGAAGAGCAGAAAGUAGAUCAGGUUCAUCAUCAGAGGAUGAAGACAAUAACAAAGAUAGAAAUAGGGAAAAACCAUCAGAAGAUGUAGUAGAAAGAAUGGAAGAAAAGUUGGAAACAGCUCAAGCAGAUCAGAAAAAUUUGUUCCUUAUCAUUUUUCAACGUUUUAUAAUGAUUCUUUCGGAACAUCUUGGACGAUGUGAUACUGACGGAAUAGACUACAAUACUCAUUGGUAUAAAUGGACCAUAGGUAGAUUACAGCAAGUGUUUUUAACUCAUCAUGAACAAGUUCAAAAAUAUUCAUCAACAUUAGAGACUUUACUUUUUACACCAGAUCUGGAUCCUCAUAUCUUAGAUGUUUUCCACCAAUUCGUUUCUUUACGAGCAUGAACAUCAUUUUCUAUGUUCUUAUUGAUUGAGUCUUCACUUCUCUUAGAGAUUAUGAGUCAAAGCAAUGAAAGAAGUGCGACGACAGUCGACAUGGAUUUCUUCGAACAGCCCGCCUAUCUAUUGAACAAACGUCUUUUGUCCAUCAUUGGAAUAUGGCCAUUUCAGAAGACUCUGCCAAAACUGUUGAGUCAAAACAUCAUUUUGAUUUUCUGCUUCACUCUCUUGAUAGCCGAGGUAAAAGGAAAAGAAAAGAAAAAAAAAAGUUUAUUUCUUAAUAAUAAUAAGAUUAAUGCUAAAAUAGAAGCUUAUAAUGAUGACUAUUUUGUUCGAAUGAUAUUGUAAAAAAAAAACAAUAGUAUGAAAUUCACAUUUUAAAAAAAGAUUAAUAAUAA